CUCGGGUUAUCAAUUCAAAGUGAACUUUCUAAUGAAUAAUUUAAUAAUUAGUCUUAGAAAUAUGAUGUUGAUGUUCACAGUAUAUUUGCUAUUUCUAAGUGCUUCAAUUCCUUCUUCCUAUUGUAAGAAAGAAAACAAAGUGAUAAUAAUCGGAGCAGGUUCAUCUGGAAUAGCAGCCCUAUCAAAAUUAUUGGAAAAUGAUAUUAACGAUGUUUUGGUGCUAGAAGCAGAAUCAAGAAUAGGAGGAAGAAUAAACACAGUUAACCUUGAUGGCACAAUUAUAGAGUUGGGCGCAGAAUGGUGUCAUGGCGAAAAAAAUAAUACGGUAUACGAAAUUUUGAAAGAGAGGAAUCUACUUGAUUUAUUGCAUCGUGACGAGGUGCCAACGCAAAUGUAUUUGUCUUCUAGACAAAAUAUCAGUGAAGAGUUAUCAAAUGAACUGUUUCAAUUGGCCGUGGAUGCGUAUAAUGUCGAGUAUAAUGGCUCCACAAACGAAAGCAUGGCAUCUAUUGUUGGAAAGUGGUACAACCAGCAAAUAUCGACGAGAUAUAGUAACGAUAAGCAGAAACUUGAAAUUUUCAAAUGGAAUUCAGAUUUCUUACGUCAUGUCACACUUUGUUUGGAGGGAUGCUUCUCGUGGGAAGAUGCUUCAUAUGACUCGGAGUAUGAAGACUGUGAUGGUUAUUUCACACUGGGUUGGGGUACUCAUGGUUAUAAAAUAUUCUUAGAUGUCCUGACAAAAAAAUAUCCUAAUAUAAAGGAGUCCCUUCCGGUUGAAGAUAAAAUACUUUUUAACAAAGAAGUUUCGAUGAUAUCUACGAACGAAAGUGACGUUUUCAUAGUUUGUUCCGAUAAUUCAACCUACCAAGCUAAUCACGUGAUAUUCACGCCGUCACUAGGAGUAUUGAAAGAGAAAGCUUCCACUCUAUUUCCACAGGGAUUGCCAUCGAAAAAGUUGUUAGCUAUAGAGAGAAUAGGAAUGGGGGCAGUUAUGAAGGUCUUUUUGAAAUAUGAAACGAAAUGGUGGAGAGACUUACCAGGUUUUGACUUAAUUUGGACAGAAAAUGACAGAGUAUUAUCCAAGCAAUAUUUUCCUGAUGGUCCUACAAAUACGAAUGGAGAAUCAUGGAUUGUUGAAAUGUACAAUAUAGUCGCAGUACCUGAUUCCAAUGUUUUGUUAGUUUGGUUUACGGGGGAAUUGGUUCCACUUAUAGAGAAGAUGGAUGAGAAGAUUUUGAUCAAAGGUAUAGAGUACACUUUGGAUAAGUUUUUUGGUCACUUAUUCACUAUACCUAGAUCACAAAAAUUUAUGCGGUCCAAUUGGUAUUCCAGUCCACAUUUCCGAGGAACAUACUCAUUUAGCUCAGUAAAUUCGUCUGUAGCGGAUAUUCUAAGUCUACAGGCUCCAAUAAUCAACGCUAAAAGAGAACCUAUUGUUCUAUUCGCUGGUGAAGCUACAAAUCCAAUACAUCAUGCAACUGUCCAUGGAGCAGUAGAAUCUGGCUUCAGAGAAGCUGAUAGGCUGAUAGAAUUUCUCAAAAAAUGAAUGAUGCAAUGCCUCAAAUGUAGAUAAAUAAUGAUAAAAUAAAUAGACGAAUAAUUUUAUAUUGCCAGAAUAUCACUAAUGUGAAAAAUUCGUAAUAAUAGAUUAUAUGGAAAUUGAUGA